UCUCGGUUUGCCCAGUACGCAUCCAAACCAAACCAAAUUCAAGCCGUCUAUAAAAGGCGUCCCUCUCCUCGGUCUUAGUCUCCCAUUCACUGAACAGCAGCCACAGAGAAAACGAGAAGAAAUUAAAACCACUCUCUAGUGCAAGGAAGCCACGCAGAGAGAAAGAAAACAGAUCGACAAGGAUCAACCAAUCCGUGUGACUCAUCCAUUAUGAGGCCGGUGAGAGAAGCCGCGGCAGCGCUGGUGGGCGUCGGCGGCGGCGACCAAGCGGCGGCUUCAUCCGCGGCCGGACACGUCGCCCACGCGCACACGGAGCUGUGGAGGACGCCCACGCCGUAUCUGUUCCUCGGCUUCGCGCUCAUGAUGGGCCUCAUCGCGUUGGCGCUCCUCAUGCUCUUCUGCACGCGCCGCAAGCCGUCGACCGGCGCGUCACGGCGGGGGAGCGACACCGUGGAGUCGGAGUCGGCCCGGGGGAUGGUGAUGGCCCCGCUCGACCGGGAGCCCAAGGUCGUCGUCAUCAUGGCCGGUGACAACAUGCCGUCCUUCAUCGCCAGCGCCAGGCCCUUCGCUUUCGCCGCCGCCGUAGAAUCCGACGAGCAGCGCAAGGCGGGCGCCGCGUAGGCGCGCACCCGUGUGCCCCUGCGGGACGCGGGACCAAUUUUGUUCGUCGGAUUUCUAGGAUUUUCUUUGUCCGUAGUGUACUAGGAAGCAGGUAUCUGUGGCGAUCUGUGGUCGUGAGAGCGAAUGAAGUUUUUUCCUUGCA